UUCCUCUUUCUCCCUCUCUCUCAUCCCUCUCUCUCUCUCUCUUUAGGGGUGGAGCGUUUCAUUUCAUUUCUUCUCAUCUCUUUCUGGUGAAAUCGUCAUCAGUCUGACAAACACAGAAGUUGCAUGUAAAGCUUUAUUGUUGCUGGAUGAAGUCACGCUAAACACAUUCACAUUUCUCCGUUCCGUUUUCGUCCAGCGUGUCUUUAAAACUCGUUCAUUUCUCCCGUUUUCUUUUCUUUUUCUUUCUUUUUUGGGAGUCGCUUCAUGUCUGUUUGCCAAGAGACAACGUGUCGAGGGAAAUAUUGUCCUGCAAGAGCCAAAGAAAAACUCUGAGGAACUUUAUAUCAGGUUGGAGCAGCUUUUCAGCGUUUUAUUUCGUUGUAAACGUUCAGUUUGGCGUGUUUGGUGGAACGCUCGCCGCUGGCGUCACGAGUUUGGCCCCGCCCCCUCAUCCCUCAUUCCAUAAUUAUACGUUCUGAACUUCUAUCUGCAUCCCAACCGGUUCCAGACCAGCAGUCCGGGCUGUUUCGGUAACCAUGGCGACCCGAGGCCACGCCUCCAGCUCGUUAAUGAGCAACCACACGAAGGAGCGAGUGACCAUGGCCAAGGUCACUCUGGAGAACUUCUACAGCAACCUCAUAACCCAACACGAGGAGCGCGAGAUGAGGCAGCAAAAACUAGAGAAGGUGAUGGAUGAGGAGGGACUGCCUGAUGAAGAGAAGCGUGUGCGGCGCUCACAACACGCCCGUAAAGAGACCGAGUUCCUCCGUCUGAAGAGAACCAGACUGGGUCUGGACGACUUCGAGUCCCUGAAGGUGAUUGGACGAGGAGCGUUCGGAGAGGUGCGUCUAGUUCAGAAGAAAGACACGGGUCACGUUUACGCCAUGAAGAUCCUUCGAAAAGCCGACAUGCUGCAGAAAGAGCAGGUGGGUCAUAUCCGGGCGGAGCGGGACAUCUUGGUUCAGGCAGACAGUCUGUGGGUGGUGAAAAUGUUCUACAGUUUUCAGGAUAAACUGAAUCUUUACUUACUCAUGGAGUUCCUGCCGGGAGGUGACAUGAUGACACUGCUGAUGAAGAAAGACACGCUGACGGAGGAGGAGACGCAGUUCUACGUGGCCGAGACGGUUCUGGCCAUCGACUUCAUCCAUCAGCUGGGCUUCAUUCACCGAGACAUCAAACCAGACAACCUGCUGCUGGACUCUAAGGGUCAUGUCAAGCUGUCUGAUUUCGGCUUGUGCACGGGCCUCAAGAAAGCGCAUCGGACCGAGUUUUACCGCAACCUGAACCACAGCCAAUCAAACGACCUCACGUUUCAGCAUAUGAACUCCAAGAGGAAGGCGGAGACGUGGAAGAGAAACAGGAGGCAGCUGGCCUUCUCCACUGUGGGAACGCCGGACUACAUCGCUCCCGAGGUCUUCAUGCAGACCGGAUACAACAAGCUCUGCGAUUGGUGGAGCCUGGGCGUCAUCAUGUACGAGAUGCUGAUUGGCUACCCUCCGUUCUGCUCAGAAACCCCUCAGGAGACCUAUAAGAAGGUGAUGAGCUGGAAGGAGACGCUGGUGUUUCCUCCGGAGGUGCCGAUCUCGGAGCGAGCCAAAGAGCUGAUCCUGCGCUUCUGCUGCGAGGCCGAUCAUCGCAUCGGCGCGGUCGGCGUGGACGAGAUCAAGAGGAACGGCUUCUUCGAGGGCGUAGAUUACGAUCACAUCAGAGAGAGACCUGCGGCGAUCCCCAUCGAGAUCAAGAGCAUCGACGACACGUCAAACUUCGACGAGUUUCCGGAGUCGGACAUCCUGCAGCCGACAAGUCCGGCGGUGGCGAGCAACCAUCACCCGGAGUCGGACUAUAAGAAUAAGGACUGGGUUUUCAUCAACUACACAUACAAGCGCUUCGAGGGUCUGACGGCCAGAGGAGCCAUACCGUCCUACAUGAAGAGCGGGAAGAGAUGAAUACUGGAGCGGACGGCAGGUAUUCAGGGCCGUGUGGAGAGAAAGCUUUAGUCCAUCUACCGAAAACACUACCAAAGAAAACAUUUCCAUGUCCAGUCUUGUCCGUAGAAAAACACUUUUGCAACGCUGGAUAUUUCAACUGCUUUUUAUUUAUGCUUUUCUGCUCAUCAGGAUUGAAUUUUUAUGCUGGAAAUCUUUAUUUUGUUGGAAAGUUUUAGCAGAUCUAAUACCAAAAACACUUCAUUUGUAGCUUUGAAGUGCUCUGGGUAUUUAAAGCUUUAUAUAUAUAAACACCGUUCUACAGAAUUGGUUCAAAGUCAGAGUUGGAAAUGUCUUGAAAAAAAAGUGUAUUUCUCCACAAAUUUUGUAUGUAUGCAAAUUGUAUAAUAUCCAAAGUACAAAAAAAAUUUGGAAUAUUUUUCCUCUCCCCAAAUUUGUCACUACCGAAACACAAUAAUAAAUAAUUUAAUAAGAAGAGUUACAUUGACCUAUUAAGAUUUUGUUCACAUCUACCUUUUCACAGAUAAAUCAAUGACAAUUACAAUUUUAACAGUAUUUCAAGUGUAAUUUAUGAGAUUUAUUGUAUUUUGAAUCCAAUCUUUCUUUGUAAAAGUCAUAAAGUUUAUCAAAUUGAUUUCAAAGUGAAGGAUUCAUUAGUUUGAAUAAACAUUGAACCAAACACUACAAUAACAUCUUAGUUGAUCAUUCAAUAUACUUUAUUUCUGACAAAUCAUCCCAUGUUUCGGUAGUGACAGUAAUGUGUUGGUAGUGACCACAUCACAUGACACAAUUUAUCUCACAUACUAAAACAUAUUAAAAUACUAAUGAUUUGCAUAACUGUAACCCCCAAAUAAAUAAUUAUGUGUACUUUUGUCACUACCGAAACAAUAGAUGACAUAUUUUGGUCGUGACAAUUUCCGACACUUUUUUUGAGCCGCUCAAAGAUGAUGAUAUCUAGCACAGAUCUGAACAGUUGAACACACAUAAAAACUACAUCUCAUGGAAUAACACCCAGAAAAGUUUGUUUAAUUGCAGAAAAAGGUGUUUGUUAGUGACGUUCCUUAAAGCUCCUCACAGAUUUUCAGGCUUUUGAACUCAUUUAACUCAGAAUGAUGAUGAUCUGCUGUGAAAGAGAGGCUGUGAGAGGAGGAACACAGGAAUAUCUCCUGAAGUGUGUUAAAAUCAGUCUCAGACAAUGACUCAAACACACAGUUUCGGUAGUGACAUGAACAUGAGGGACACUUUUUUUUACAUAAAGUUUCAUGAUUUAAAAAUAAAAUAUAAAAUAUUUUUUUAACAAUAAAAAAAUAUAUUUUUAAAAACAACAAUGGAAACAAACUAUUUCAAUAUAAUUUUCACAAGUGGAAAUUUAGUGUUUAGUGUUCAGGACAGACUCCUCCCAAUUGAAAGUACCCAAUAAAUGAUGAUUUUAUAUUUAUUAAUCUUACUGAUAUUUUAAAUAUUAUUGUGGGAUUCAACAGAUAAUAGAAGAAUCUUAGUAAACAUCAAAUAUUUGAAUACUUGAAUGCUUUUUAAUGUGUUUUUGGUUGUAGGACAGCAAUUUGCUCCAAUUCUGUAGAAUGGCCCAUAUAGUGCCUUAUAACAUCAUAUAGUGAUGAUAAAUCAUUUUAUCAUACAAUUCAUUUUGAAUUAUAAUGACAAAUUAUGGGUGCAGCCCCAUUGAUGCAGUAGUAUUAAUAUGAUAUUGAUGCAUGUGAACGCAGGUGUUUGUUUGAAGCUUUCUGGCGUUCAUUGCUGUAUUUGUAUAUGCAUAUUGGAUUUGACUGUCAAAGGUACGAUGGGAGGGUCACAUGGUAUGGUGCUGAACAUGUGAGCUUUGAGCGAAUGGAUGUACUGGUGUCGGUACGGUUGAUUUUAUGUGCCACGCAGGCUGUAAAAGCUUUAAAUUCAACGGUAGAUCCUUGGAAAAUAUUUCCAUUUUUUUUUCCUUCUAAUUUUCCAGCAUGCGGUGCAUCAUUAAAUAUUUUUAUAUUGAUAUUUAACCGUCUUUAUUUGUAUCUGCAGCUGUAGUUUGUAAAGACAGACGAAUGGUGUGUGUGUGUGUUUAUACCUUCAGUAUCAGUAUCUUCUCUUCAUGUCCAGAAACGCAUUUAAAGUUUAUAAAUAUAUACAAUAAAAAUGUUACAUGCUUUUUGA